UUUCGAUUUUUUUUUUUUUGUAUUUUUUUCUCUCUUUUUCUAUAGAAUUUUUUUUUAGCUAAUUUUUAAUUAAUCGAUGGGAAAUACGCCGUCUACGAAUAAUGACAAUAAUCCAUCCGGAUCGCAAGUAACAGCCGAAAAACAAUUACCGGAAACAAGUAAAGAAGAGCCAACAAAACCUGUUGCAACUGGACAGCCAAUCAAGAAUGCAAAAGUGAAAGGAAUUCCCACUAUUAUCACGUGGAGUCAAGGUGGUAAUAACGUAUUUGUUACCGGCACUUUUAAUGAUUGGAAAUAUAAUGUAAGAUUGAGUAAAAGCUCGAAUGAUUUUACCACCGUUAUUGACUUAGAACCUGGAACACAUAAGCUUAAGUUUAUCGUGGAUGAUGAAUGGAAAUGUUCUAAUGAUUUUUCAACUGCGACAGAUCCAGAUGGGAAUUUAGUAAAUUAUUUGGAAGUCCAUGAAGAUGAUGAUUGUAAUUCUAUAGAAAAAGAAAGCUUAGAUUCUUCUGGAUUUCUUUCGAAUACACCACCUGGCGAAUAUACCGAUGAAAUUCCAGGAUAUCUUCUUGCAUAUGCUCAUUCUCUAAGUGUAACUGAAAGUAAAUUAAAAGACUCCAUCUCAGAUGAUCCUUUUGAGCAUCAAGAAUGUAUGGCUGAAGAACAGCCGCCAACGUUGCCGCCUCAUUUAGAAAAAGUUAUACUAAAUAGUUCGAUUGUAUCUAAGGAGGAUACUAGCGUUCUUCCGGUACCAAAUCACGUUGUGUUGAAUCACUUAUACGCUUGUUCAAUACGGGAUGGUGUUAUGGCCGUGGCUGGAACCACGAGAUAUCGUAAAAAGUAUGUUACCACCGUUUAUUAUAAACCCGUUAUUAUAUAAUGAAUUAACAUAGGAUAAGUAUUAUGCCAUAUUUUUUUAUUAAUAUUAUGCCUUGAUAUUUCAAGGUAUCAUUAUUUAUUGCAGAUAUCUGCAUUGUGAGAAUAUUAUCUCUUAAAUGUCUUUAAUAUAAC